GGCAGGUUCGAUUGGAUGGUUGUUCGGCGGGAGCGGGGAAGAGGGUUUGGGACAUAAGACCCUCUUUCUACGGAUGCACGAAUGAGGUCAGUGAGAUCGUGCUACUUGAUGAUCGGAGAAGAUCGGCGAUUCUCUUGGCGGCUAAUGCUGUGCCUGUGACUCCAGCGCCAGAGUUGACUACGGUUCUCAGUUUGCCUUUUUGUUGAAGGGCCGUGUGUUGGUCCUGUUAGCUGAGCGGGAGAGCACGAGUGCACUGUGGUGUUGUUGAGGCCUCAGGCGCUGUGAGAAGGCGCGUCAGCGUCCGACUACUUGUUUGUAAGUUCCCUUAUUACUGUAGGUGUUGAUACCUGCCACCAUUACCUUCUUCCCCUCCUUCACGAACUUCUUCUUUCUGUAGGCGCUGAUUGAUUAUCGGGUGAUCGAGGAGGACGCUAGAGAAUGGGUGACGACGUGGAUUUCAAUGACAUGUCCGAUGGCGCAAUGGGCGAGAACUUCGAUGACGAUGAGGAAGAGCCCAGCGCAGGCGCGUAUGAACCGCACAAGGAGGGCGAGGAGAAGGACAUCACAUCGGAUGGAGGAGUGAAGAAGCUCCUCGUGAAGGCCGGCGAGGGGUACGAAAAGCCAGAGAAGGAUGACGAGGUGUCUGUACACUAUACUGGGACUCUGCUGGAUGGAACGCAGUUCGAUUCCAGCAGAGAUAGAGGGGAACCGUUUACGUUCAAGCUGGGUCAGGGACAGGUCAUAAAGGGAUGGGACAAGGGUGUGGCUACCAUGAAGAAAGGGGAGAGAGCGAUCCUGACCUGCGCACCGGAGUAUGCGUACGGCAAGGCUGGAUCGCCGCCGUCCAUUCCGCCGGACAGCACGCUCAAGUUCGACGUUGAACUUUUGUCUUGGACCAGCGUGAAAGACAUCUGCAGGGAUGGCGGCGUGCUGAAGAAGGUCGUGAAGGAGGGGAAGAAGUGGGAGAAACCUCGCGAGCUUGAUCAGGUCUCCGUGAAGUAUGAGGUGAGGUUGACUGAUGGCGGCAAAGUCGUGGCCAAGAGCCCGGAGGAAGGCGUGGAGUUUUACGUGAAGGAAGGCCACUUGAUCCGAGCUAUACCCGCUGCCGUGCCGCAUAUGCACAAGGGAGAAGUUGCUCUCCUCACAGUCCGCCCUGACUACGGAUUUGGGGAGGGCGGUCGUGAGGCGGAGCCGUCGGUUCCCCCGAAUGCUUCUCUGACGGUGGACCUGGAGCUAGUUGGUUGGAAGACGGUCGAGAACGUGACCGACGAUGGGCAGGUGGUCAAAAAGGUGUUGAAGAAGGGAACAGGGUACGAGAAACCUAACGAGGGAGCGACCGUGAACGUCAAGCUGCUGGGAACCCUGGAAGAUGGGAGUGUGUUCGAGUCCCGGGGGGUCGACGAGGGCGAUGAACUGUUAACGUUUGUAACGGGCGAAGAACAGGUUAUCCCUGGGCUAGAUAAGGCGGUGUUGCUCAUGAAGAACGAGGAGAAGGCGGUUAUCACGGUUGGACCGGAGUACGGCUACGGCGCAACUGAGUAUCGCGGCAAUAAGGGUGUUGUUCCGCCGAACUCGAAACUGACGUUUGAGGUGGACAUGGUUUCGUUCGUGAAGGAGAAAGAGCCUUGGGACAUGGAUAACGCCGAGAAGGUGGAGACCGCGACCAAGAGGAAGGUGGACGGGAAUGCGCUGUUCAAGGCGGGGAAAAUUGCCAGGGCGUCGAAGAAGUACGAGAAAGCGGUCAAGUUGAUCGAUCACGACUCGUCCUUCGACGACGAACAAAAGAAACUGGCGAAAGCAUUGAAGAUCGCGUGCAAUCUGAACAACGCGGCGUGUAAGCUCAAGCUGAAGGACUACAAGGAAACCGUGAAGCUGUGCAGCAAAGUUCUGGAGAGCGACUCGCAGAAUGUCAAGGCUCUUUACAGAAGAGCACAUGCAUACAUGGGAACCGACGAUCUUGAUCUAGCGGAGUACGACUUGAAGAAGGCGACGGACAUCGAUCCGGAAAAUCGCGAUGUCAAGUUGGCAGUCAAAGAGUUGAAGAGGAGACAGAGAGUGCAGAACCAGCAGGAGGCUAAACUGUACGGGAACAUGUUUGCUCGCCUCAGCAAGAUGGAGGAAAUGGAGGCGAAAGAGAGCAAAGCUUCUGACAAUGACAUGAAGGUGGACGCCCCUCCUCCGGCGGUUCCCGUAGCAUGAAGUUGGUCAAGGAGUCGAUCGAGGUGAGGGUGACGUGGUCUUCUUACAGUAAGUGUUUUUUCCCACGAAGAUGGACUUCUCCGCUGCCCCGCGCUGCACCGAGAAGAUGGCGUGUCCUCUUCCCCUGGAAGCCGACGUGUCCUCUUCCCCUGGAAGCCGACGUGUCCUUGUCACCGGGAAGACGAGGCGUCCUCUCACCAAGGAAGGUGACGUGUCCUCUUACCCAGGAAGACGAGAGGUAUGGAUUGUGCUUCUCCACGAGAGAGAGGGAGGGAGGGAUGUUGUAGAGUAUUUUUUUCUUUUGUCAUGUGGUAUUACGUGGCAUGAUCACAAGUUUUUGACACUGCGCAGUAGGUAUUCGAGUUUGUCUAGGAGGAGGGAGUGAUGGGAAUGUGACAGUGCAAUUUGGCAGGCAGGAGUUGUUAUGAGGGCGUCACUAAUUUGUCUCUCUUACGAUUUUUUGUUGAUAUUCUUGUAAGGAUCAGAUGUGGGAUCAGAUGUGAUGUGGGAUCAGAUGUGGAAGCUAUUGAUAUUCAUCUUUUGAACAGAUGUAAUGGCCCGUUUUCCGAGGAAUCGCCUGGGAAUGGUGUGGCCUACUCUACUUGAAAGGCCUUUCGCAGUUCAUUUCGAUCUUUCAAUUCUGCGUUUUUUUGCCCCGUGUUGAUUAAUAUGCCAUAUUGGAAGGCCUUUUGUAGAAUGAGUGGGGUCUUAAAAAAAAAGAAAAAAAGAAUGAGUGCGGUCUUCGAUGAUAUGUGCGGAAGAUGAGUCCCUUGAACGUGAAUGUUGAAGCGCCAGUUCGACGGGCUCCGAGUUGCUGAACCUAGUUCUUGUGUGUGCGCUUGAAGGACUACCGUCUUCACUCGAAUAGAACGCCUGGCCACUGUAGCUGGAUUUUGCGGCAGCUUUCAGUCCAGAUGCCAGCGAUCAUGACCGGGCGUUCUAUUCGAGUGAAGACGGUAGAACUGGUCCUGGACAAGCCGUGUCAUUGAGAUUGAGUCCUCCGUGCACACCACCUGAAGUCCUUGAAAAGGUGUUGAUCCGGCCGUUCGAAAAAGGGGUGGGGCUGGGCCUCGGUGAAUCUUCCGUGGGGCUGGAUAAAAUGUUCAUGGUCAUUGCGAAGGGUAUCUCUUUCUCAGGAGCAUAGUGGAUUGUCUGGUCUGGACGUUUCUCUCUGGUUGGUCCCUGACAACGGCGCAAACGUGAUGAUUUUUUUUUUAAUAUAAAAGUAGAGGAGCGAGGCGCUUUGUGUCGUACCAGGGGGUUUAUUUUUGCCUAGAACGAGUGUAGGCUCAGUCACAUUUUUUUUGACAUGUUACUUGCUGCAGCAUUUCAGUUGAGUCGACUGUGUCGUUCACGUGGAGAAGGCAAAUUGUAAGGUUCUCGAUUUCACGUGGUGUUAAGGGGGGUGAGAAGUAUCGUUCCUGCGCGUCCACCGCAGUGCAUACAACAUCCAUCUCCUGUGGUUAGGGUUCAGAUGGGCAGAACUCAUGCUGCACUCUCAUUCAUUCGCUUAUAGAACCAGGAGUCGAUGGUAGACAUUCUUUGAUGAAGGAGGCUGCGCGUGGCAAUUGCUAUGUGGGUAGAAGAUGCACUCGAAGGCAGAUGGCAGUGCGUUGUGAGAAUCGGACAAGGAUGGGAGGAGAUACUGUUCUAUGUGGCAGUCUGCCCAAAGCAAUUGUAAUGGGUACGCAGUACCGGAUAGAUAAGUGUUCGGGAUCUCUUUCCUACCCCUCAGUUGGGUGCCCGGUUGGUACCAUAACUCUGAUAUCUGAUCUGAUUCACACAGAGUGCGCCCAAUUGUUGCGGGUUAUGCUUGGCAGAUGACAUAGACGGGCAGAUAGUCUGACUGAGAGACCGACAGACCGACCGACAGACAGACAGACAGACAGACAGACGGACUUUUCUGUGUGGUAGUCUGCUAAAAAAGCAACUGUAAUGGGUAGAUGAUGCCGUACUGGACGUAUAACAGUGUGUAUGAUCUCAUUCGUUGGCCUGGUUGGUACCAUAACUCGGUUUAUGUCUAAUCAGCACAGAUCGGUACCAUAACUCGGUUGAUGCUCUGCGCAGGUGACAUAUUAGAAUUGAUUGGAACGGGAUUGAUGGGGAUGAGUGGCCCACGAAAAGAAAGAGGAAAAAAUAAGGAAUGGGAGGGGUCCUCUGGAACUCUGUUAGUUGGCUGGCACAUCACUACCUGCACAUGUGACCUUCUGGAAUGUGAAAAUGAUAACCCUUAUCUUGUUUUCAUUCACUGGCUGAAUGAUAAUGUGACUAGCUAGUUGUGGGCCCAGUUAUCACGGGUUGUUAUGUUAGUGCAGGUGUGAGGAUGUGAGCCUAGUCCACUGGCUUCAAUGCUGUUGAUGUUCUUCCCGCACAUGAUGCAAAAGUGGAACAAUGUCUAUUUUUAGCACAGGGGCCGUAAGUGAGAGUUUUGCCCAUAGUUUUCAGAACCUGACAUCGUGGUCUGGAAUGAUGCUUGUCCCUUCCAGUUGUGGUGCAUAUUCUCCCGCCGUAGUUUACACAGUGAGGAUCUGUAUUUUUAUUUUAUCCUGUGCUAUAUUCGUGAUAAAGGUUUUCAUAGCUU